CCCCCACCCUCCCCCCUGUAACAAGAUGGCUGUCGUUCCAGAAAGCAGGGUUCUCACGUUCAGCGUUUUCAAAUGGAGCUCUUACUCCUCCACGUAUUUACCCGAGAACAUUUUGGUGGACAAACCUAAUGAUCAGUCAUCCAGGUGGUCAUCUGAGAGCAACUACCCUCCACAGUUUUUAAUCUUGAAACUGGAGAGGCCAGCGAUUGUUCAGAGCAUCACCUUCGGCAAAUAUGAGAAAACCCACGUCUGCAACCUGAAGAAGUUCAAGGUGUUUGGUGGCAUGAGCGAAGAAAACAUGACCGAGCUUUUGUCCAGUGGCCUUAAGAAUGAUUACAACAAGGAAACAUUCACCUCAAAGCACAAGAUUGACGAGCAGAUGUUUCCCUGCAGAUUUGUCAAAAUAGUGCCUCUGAUGUCGUGGGGUCCGAGUUUCAACUUCAGCAUCUGGUACAUUGAGCUGCACGGGAUCGAGGAUCCAGAUGUUGUGCAGCCCUGCCUUAACUGGUACAGCAAGUACAGAGAACAGGAAGCCAUCCGCCUUUGCCUGAAACACUUUCGUCAGCACAACUACACGGAGGCCUUCGAGUCACUGCAGAAGAAGACGCGCAUAGCACUCGAACACCCCAUGCUCACCCACCUGCACGACCGGCUGGUGCUGCAAGGCGAUUUCGACGCCUGCGAAGACCUCAUCGACAAAGCCGUUGGAGACUGUUUGUUUAACCAGUAUAUCAGCCAGCAGGAGUACAAGCCCAGGUGGAGUCAGAUCAUCCCUAAAUGCAACAAAGGUACAAGCGCCCAAGAAAUCAACAGGGACGACGUGAACAGCGAUGGUGACGACAACAGGCCGGGGAUGAGGGGAGGCCAUCAAAUGGUCAUCGACGUUCAGACUGAGACUGUGUACUUGUUCGGGGGCUGGGAUGGCACGCAGGACCUUGCUGACUUCUGGGCUUACAGCGUUCAGGAGAACCAGUGGGUCUGCAUCUCUCGGGACACAGAGAAAGAGAGCGGCCCAAGUGCUCGUUCCUGCCAUAAGAUGUGCAUCGACUCCCAGAGGCGCCAGAUCUACACGCUGGGCCGCUACUUGGACUCCAGCGUCAGGAACAGCAAGUCCCUGAAGAGCGACUUCUACCGCUACGACAUUGACGUCAACACGUGGGCGCUGCUUAGCGAGGACACGGCGGCCGACGGGGGGCCCAAGCUGGUGUUCGACCAUCAGAUGUGCAUGGACUCGGAGAAGCAUAUGAUCUACACGUUUGGCGGGCGGAUACUGACGUGCAACGGCAGCGUGGAGGACAGCCGCACGUCCGAGCCUCAGUUCAGCGGCCUUUACGCCUACCAAUGCCAAGCGGCCACCUGGAGCCUCCUGCGGGAAGAUUCGUGCAACGCCGGCCCGGAGGACAUCCAGUCGCGUAUCGGACACUGCAUGCUCUUUCACACCAGGAACCGCUGUCUGUAUGUAUUUGGGGGUCAGAGAUCUAAGACCUACCUCAAUGAUUUCUUCAGCUACGACGUGGACGGAGACCACGUGGAGAUCAUAUCGGAUGGCACCAAGAAGGACUCGGGCAUGGUACCGAUGACAGGCUUUACCCAGAGGGCCACCAUCGACCCUGAGCUCAACGAGAUCCACGUCCUGUCGGGCCUCAGCAAGGACAAAGAUAAACGCGAGGAGAACGUCCGCAACUCCUUCUGGAUCUAUGACAUCGCCCGCAAUAACUGGUCAUGUGUGUAUAAGAACGACCAGGCAGUGAAGGAAAACCCCAGCAAGGUCCUGCAGGAGGAGGAGCCGUGUCCGCGCUUUGCUCACCAGCUGGUCUACGACGAGAUGCACAAGGUGCAUUAUCUGUUUGGCGGCAAUCCAGGCAAGUCUUGCUCUCCCAAAAUGCGUCUGGACGACUUUUGGUCCUUGAAACUGUGUCGGCCCUCCAAGGAGUACCUGCUGCGCCACUGCAGAUAUCUCAUCAGGAAGUACAGGUUUGAAGAAAAAGCCCAAUCGGAGCCACUGAGCGCACUCAAAUACCUGCAGGAUGACCUCUCGCUCACUGUGGACCACACAGACCCCGAGGAGACCAAAGAGUUCCAGCUUCUGCCCUCAGCUCUGUUCAAGUCCAGUAAUGACUUCAUCCCCCUGGGUUUCUCAGACGUGGACCAGACGUACGCCCAGCGCACGCAGCUCUUCGACACUCUGGUCAACUUCUUCCCCGACAGCAUGACGCCGCCCAAGGGCAACCUGGUGGACCUCAUUACGCUUUAGCCCUCCCGCUGCCCCCUCCCCUCCCCUGCCUUGCAACACGCCACAACCUCGCCCGCUGGACACAAAUGCAAAAGACACAGGAGGACGAGGGACCGACCACACACCAGGUACUUUCUAUUUCUAAUAUCUUGUCCCUUUUACGUCACAAUCUGCUGCUGCCACCCUGAAACUGAGACUCGUCAAGCCAACACUGUGUUACACUAGAAUGGAAUAGUGUGUGUGCGCGUGUGUGUGUGUAGUGAUGACCAACUGCCAAGUUUUUGUUUUUCCUCUCGCCUCGGUCAUUUGCAUCCAUACUUUGGGCUAACCAUGUUCCAACUUGCCUCUUUUUGCGUUUCAGUUUUGAAGGACUCGGUAGAACAUGGUUUGUGCAAUCAGAGGCCUCUGCCAUGUCUACUAAGAGGCAGUAGAUGGCGAUAAAGGGCCAAUCUGAUGUCGAGUAAAAUAGUUAGGCUCAAUUUUUUUUAUGUAUGCCGCCUAUCAUGAGUCCACUGAUUAUUUCUUUUCCUUCUUCCUAAAAGGAUUCAUCUAGCUGUAGCUAUAGAUUUUUAGUCAUAGUGUUAUGGUAUGCUGUAUACCAUCUUAUUAGUUCUGGUUGCUCUUGAAUGGAAAUAACCGUCAUUCAAUACAAAGAUUGAAAACAUUUGAAGAAUUUUGCAGACAUUUAUUUCUCUUAAGGAUGACGCAAUUCUGACUAAUUGAACCACGGCAUUAGAAGGACGGGCACAAUUUAAAAUCACAAUUAUAUUUUUAUUUGCAAGUGUCAAAAAAAAAAGGCUCACUAAA